AUGGGAAACUGGCAAUUUAUUCUCAUUACUUUGGUUCCUAGAUCUCGUUUGGUGAAAAAUUUGACUCUUGCUUCACUGUCUUUCUUGGGCCUCCUCGUGGUCAUCCGGACUGUGCUCUGGAGCAGAGGCAGCCUCAGUCACAGUUUUCUUGAAUCCCCCACGCAGUCUAUCCCAGUCUCGAAGCACAACAUCAACCUUGUCGUGUACAACCGCGUUCCAAAAACUGGAGGCACUUCUUUGGUACAUCUUAUCUAUCAUCUGUGCAAACGCAACAAUGUUGGCAUCACAAUGGUGAAUAUCAGCUGGAAUGGAGUAUACCUUAAUCGGUUCAACCAACUGCAGCUGGUACAUAACAUGUCUAACCGACGCUAUGCACGCCCUUUGUUAUUGCACGGGCAUUUUGUGUUCUUGGACUUCGCUCAGCUCGGGUCCACGUUACAACCCACUUACCUGAACAUGAUUCGAGACCCGUUAGAAAGACUGGUGUCACAUUACUACUUUUUGCGUUUUGGUGACGACUUCCGACCGAAUGUGAUUAGAAAACGAAUGAAGCAUUCAGAUCGUCAGCAAACCUUUGAUGAUUGCGUUGUUAAUGGUGGGUUAGACUGUCAACCAAAGGAUCUAUGGGUACAGUCUAUCCCAGUCUCGAAGCACAACAUCAACCUUGUCGUGUACAACCGCGUUCCAAAAACUGGAGGCACUUCUUUGGUACAUCUUAUCUAUCAUCUGUGCAAACGCAACAAUAUUGGCAUCACAAUGGUGAAUAUUAGCUGGAAUGGAGUAUACCUUAAUCGGUUCAACCAACUGCAGCUGGUACAUAACAUGUCUAACCGACGCUAUGCACGCCCUUUGUUAUUGCACGGGCAUUUUGUGUUCUUGGACUUCGCUCAGCUCGGGUCCACGUUACAACCCACUUACCUGAACAUGAUUCGAGACCCGUUAGAAAGACUGGUGUCACAUUACUACUUUUUGCGUUUUGGUGACGACUUCCGACCGAAUGUGAUUAGAAAACGAAUGAAGCAUUCAGAUCGUCAGCAAACCUUUGAUGAUUGCGUUGUUAAUGGUGGGUUAGACUGUCAACCAAAGGAUCUAUGGGUACAGGUUCCUUUCUUCUGUGGACAUGCUGCGUACUGCCGUAUCCCUGGGAAUCCGGAGGCCCUCGAAACAGCUAAACGCAGGGUAGCGGAAGACUAUCUUCUUGUCGGUCUUACUGAGGAGUUCGAUGAAUUCGUAACAUUAUUGGAAAAACUUCUUCCUCGGUUUUUUCAAGGUUCGACAGGCUUGCUCCAGGGGGCUGAUGGCUGGCAUCUACGGCGAACUAAGCACAAACUUCCAAUCAAUGCGUCAACUCGUGCAGUGUUUCGCGAUAGCCGGGUUUGGCAAAUUGAACAGGCAUUCUACGAAUUUGUUCGUGCCGAAUUUUGGACCAUCCGAAACGCGUUGAUUCACGGUCCACGCAUAGAUUUACACCAAACAUCUGUACAAGUAAAUCAAUGGAUAGAGCAGCAAUUUUUCUUUCAACGGACGAGGCCAGAAAAUGUUGAUUGA